AUUCAAUUGUGAAAGAAGUAUAGGAUGGUGACGGUCGUCUCCUGCAUAACGCCACCAUCGGUUCCAGCACCUACAGUGAACACCUCUACAAUGAGUGGAAAUUGCCAAUCAAUCACGAUCCCGAUGUGUCAACAAAUGCCGUACAAUGCCACGAGAAUGCCCAAUCUACUUGGAAUGACACACCAGGAUGAUGCUUUGAUAGCUCUAGAACAAUUUCGCUAUUUACCAGACACAAACUGCUCUCCGUAUUUGGUAUUUUUUCUCUGCGUCAUUUAUACUCCAAUUUGUACGUCUGAGCUCCCAUCGUUCUUGGCCACCAUUCCACCGUGUCGACAGGUGUGCGAACAAGUUAAAUCACACUGCGAACCACUCGUUAAAAAAAUGGGAUUCAUUUGGCCUCCUGCACUAGAAUGUUUUUCUUUUCCCGACGUCACUAAGGCCGAGAGUGUUUGUCUAACUCCUGAAGCUAUACUGAAAAAAAACACAACAAUAAAAUAUCCUGAGAACUGUCCAUGCUUUCGCCACCCUAAAUUAAAACAGCGCCUCUACCUCAAAAGGCGCUUUGAUUUCGCCGUUAGAGGAAGGGUGGAAUGGUCGGAAACUUUUGGCUCUCUAACUUUAACCAAUAUAGAGGUGAUUGAAGUUUUCAAACAUGGUAAAGUUCGUAUCGAUUCUGUUUCCAGAGAGAUUUUUUGGACAAAUACUUCGUGCGGCACAUGCCCGCGGCUUGAUCCAGGCAGAGAAUAUUUCCUCUUAGGACACGAGGACGCCACGCGUCAAAGGCUUUUGUAUACACACUUGAGUGUCGGACUAGAAUGGCGGAAAAAAUACGCGAUGCUGAUUGGGAAAUGGGAAAAGGCUAAGAAGCAGACAUCCAACACAAGAGGCAACUAAAACCAUUAAUUAUACCAUCUGGUCACAUACCCAAAGAUGCGCUGCCUCGUUUUAUUUUUUAAAUUACAGUUACAAUGUAAGUUGAUUUGGUGUUCUAUACAAGGGUUCAACGAGACUUCUGAGCGCUAUUAAUGUGGGAUAAGAAAAAAAAAGUUUGGAUGACAACAGACACGACCAAAUGGCAUAAACAUCUGACUAAAGAAACAUUCAUAAUUAAAAAAAUGCAAUAAAAAAGGAAUAAAAAAAAUAUUACAGUAAAAGGAAUGAAUGUUACAGAAAUCGUCUUCUUAGAUGUCUCCCAUUUUAAUCCUUGAUGACUACAAAA